GCCACUCCUCAUUCCUUUUUCCUCUUCUUCCUCCCAGGCAUUUCCACUCUUCAUAUUCUGCUACAACAGCAAUGCUGCGUCCCAGCUUUGCCGUGCUCUCCAACUCGGUCAGGGCCAGCCUCGCGGCUGCGCGCCCUUCCACGAUGGCGGCGAUGCCCAAGACGCUGCCCAAGGCGCCCCUCCGGCCUUCGUCGUCGCCCAUCCUCUCGAGCCUGCGCAGCCAGCAGCCGCAAUCGCGAGGCGUUCGCACCUCUCCCUUCCGCAACGGCGGCAAUGGCAGCACCACUGGCAAGGGCAUGGUGCUGAGCAUGCCCCACUCUGCACCCGAUGCUGGUGCGCCCAGCAGCUUCAGCGCGCCUGGCGGAUGGCAGAGGGCGCUGACCAGCGUCGGAAUCGUCGCCGGCACCGCCCUGGCCGCCAACCUGUUCCUCAACCGGCCCACUCGCGACAACCCCAUGGAUGAGUUUAGUACCUCGUAUCUCCACUCGACGUUCAACUACCUCGCGGGCGGUCUUGGCCUCACGGCGGCUGGUGCAAUCGCCCUUCACCGUUCUGGCUUCUCGUAUAGGCUCAUGGCCGCCAAUCCGUGGCUGGUGCUUGGUGUGGGCCUAGUCGCUUCGAUUGGUGGCAUGAUUGGUGCGCAGACGCUGCCACCGGGCCACCCGGGAAAGACAGCCUCGUGGCUCGUCUUCAACGCCGCCCAGGCCGCCGUCCUCAGCCCUCUCCUCUUCCUCAACCCAGCCCUCCUGGCUAGGGCCGGUCUCUACACCGCCGGUGUCGUCGGCAGUCUCUGCUACGUUGGCGCCACAGCCAAGGACGGCCAGUUCCUCUUCCUCGGCGGCCCGCUCUUGGCCGGUGUCACUGUUGUUGCCCUCUCGUCGCUCGCGCCCAUGAUCCUCCCAGCCACGGCCUUCCGGGCACUGGCCGCAACCGAGGCCAUCAGCCUCUACGGCGGCCUCGCCGUCUUUGGAGGCUUCGUCCUUUGGGACACGCAAAAGAUCCUCCAACACGCCAAGCUCGCGCAGCAGGGCCUCAUCCCCGCCGAUCCGAUGCGGGAGUCCAUCGGCCUGGAGCUCGACUUCAUCAACAUUUUCACGAGAAUCGUUCAGAUCUUGAUGAUGCAGCAGGGCAACAGGCGCAAGUAACGUGCCUCACUCCUAGAAUUCUUUGCCACCACAGUAAUCUUUCGCUUUCCGCCUUGUGCCCACUGUAUAAACUGAAAUACUUACCCUCACCGCUCUGAAUCCACGCUGGUUACCGACC